UUUAGUAGCUCGCAUGAAAAGCCUACAAUUCUCAUAGUUCCAGGUUCCUUCUGCCCCGUUGUUCUCUAUCCCAGAGUGAUCGGCUACCUGAAGCCGAUGGCUAUGAAGUUGAAUUUGCCCAUUAUCCUUCAAUUGGGCGUCGCGACCCGCUUCCACUAGCCACCAUGGAUGGCGAUGCAGCAUACGUAAGCUGUGUUGUGGAGAGACUGGCAGACGCAGGAAGUCGAUAUUCAUGGUCUCCCAUUCCUAUGGCGCUAUCCCCGGGACUGUGGGCAGCAAGAACUUUUCCAAGAAGGAAAGAACAGCAGCCAGCAACCCUGGAGGUAUUUACAUGUCCAGUAUGGCACGUCACUGGUGGCAAGAAUAGGGGAGAGUCUGGUGGAUCUGAUGGGUUUUGAGGUCACACUUUUCAUUGUGCAUGAGGUGAGUCUCCCCAAGCAUGCUCGGACUGGAAUGCGUGAAGUUAACAGCGCAAUCUCCUUUACCAGAAAAGCGACGUUUGAAGGCUACAAAAAUUUCGCAAUAUCAUACCUGAUAUGCAUGGAGGAUAAAUGUGUGUUUCCAGAGCUGCAACAGCGCAUAGUCAACAUAUUAGUCAAUGAAGCUGGCGUGGAUGUUGAUGUCCACAAGAUGCAAUCAGGUCACUGCCCGAGUAUAAGUAGAACAAAGAACGUUGGUUUCCUCAUUAGGAGACUUGUGCGAGAG